AUGGGAGAUGAAGUUCCCCUCCUCGUAUACCAUGAUCGGGCCAGCCAGGGAUGGCCGUACCGUGAACUCACUGAGCGCCCUGACCAGACAGGUGUCCAAUCCUGGGACCGUUGCCAGUGGGUCCCACCUGCCCUUGCAGAGGAUGUGAGUCUUGUAUGGACAAGUGAAGGAAACCAGGUCCUGACCAUCCUGGACAUCCGCAAACAGAAUCCUCCCGUACCGGCUGAAUACCCCAAUCCUCAUAGCCCCAAAGAAAUGAAGAAACAGCGAGGCAUGCCUCUGGGAGCACCUGGCUCAAUUGUGCCCUUAGGGCCCCCAAAACCGACCUCUUUGGAUCCAAAGAAACCGAACCCUGCACGGGCCCUACACCGCAUGCCAUACCAGAAACUUCGUGGUAACAGCCACCCAACCCUGAGACUUAACCAGAAAACUAAACUGGACAUGCGCAAGGACACCCCGGAGGGUGACAUAUCCACCGAAACCCAACACUCCAGCAAUCACAACAGACCUUGUAACAAACAGGCGAACCCGCAAAUACACCCACCUCUGA